CUCCUAUUGACCUUUCUACCUAGUAAAGCCACUCAAGUUCAAAAAACAAGCUGGUGCUGCCGUAAGAGAAGCAAGCCUGUGUAAACAUUUCCCUUCUUUCGUUAUUUUAUCUACAUUUAUUCUCUUGUUAUUAUAUGAGCUUUCUUCUUUGAAAAGACUUAGAGCUACUAGGUACAGUUUGUUGGAAUUAUCGUGUCGUGUAAAGAAUGAGUGAUCUGAAUCGGGACGAGCAGCUUGCAUUUUUAGAAUGUAUGAGUAAAUUGCAAAAGGAAUUAGAUUCAAGUUUUCAGCGUUAUGAAAGAUUAUCGCAUACGACCAAAGAACUCCAGGAACAAUUGGAUCAAGCAAGAGUAAAAUCUCAGCAUCCAUCUCGGGUAUCUUCGACUGGAACACUAUAUUCGGAAGAAAAGUUGCUCCCAAGUAUGGAGCUUAUAGAGCUACGAGCAGAAAACGCAUGUCUCAAGAAAGAUGCUUAUAAUUUUGAGCAAAUAUCCAAUAAUUAUGCAAAGGGAAUGGAAGAAAUGGUGGGCUUUGUCUCUUCUUAUACAGAGAAAAUGAAUACAAAGAUGAAACUAGUACAUGAUGAAUACUUAAAAAUGUACGAUGCGUUGGCUGCAGAGCAUUUGUCUCUAUCUAAGAAAAAUCACCAAAAUAAUCAAUCAUUAAAUAAAAUAAAAGGAUGGUUGCUUCAGGGAUUAGAAGAAAAUCCUUAAAUAUUACAGCAAAAUUUAAAGGGUCUAUACGAAUGGGUGAUCAAGCAUACUACAUUGGUUCCUUCACAAUACAUAAUUAACAUCUCGUUUCUCUAGUUUUUCCAUGAUAAUUCAUGCUAAUAAAUGGAUAGCUUUCGAAAUGCAUUCAUUACUAUUCAUAAAGACAAACGUAUACUCAAAGCAGCACGUGAAAACAAACAGAGAACAUGUCAUCUGUGAGAACUAGUCAUAUUCCAUGCAAGAAAAAUUUAAAUAAUUAAUCGAACAUAUGCGAGAAGUAAAGCGCCCGAUCUAGAAAAUGUUAAUAGCUAACGAACUGAAAUUUCAAGAAAUCUCCAGACAUAGAGUAAAGAUUCGUUUCAUACCCUGUUACAAUCCCCAACAACCAUUGAA